GAUGGCAAGAAAAAACUGUAAUCACCUCUAAGUUUUGGAGGGCCUGCAGUAGCUCAAGUGGAAACAACUUCCUUAUUCCCGAACAAAACGCUACAUGAAGCUUUUUAAGAUUGGAAAAGACGUGCGGUGGUGUUGCUUCUCCUUCCACUCUCACAAGUUCACACAACCUAUGCAAUCCCCAAAGCGACAGCUCUUCAAGCUUAUCAAAUACUGGACAACGCAACGAGGAGGAGGAGGAGGAUGAGUCCAACUCAACCACGUACUCUAUCUCUUCACAAGAGCUAAUAUUGCAUAUCCUCAACUCAUUUGCUUUUUCUAACAGAGCUCUUUUGCUUAAGCUGCUUCCCGUCUUUUUAAGGCUAAUUAUCCACAAAUCUUCAAGCUUAUUUGGAAGCACUAUACAUUCUUCCCCAAUCUCGCAAUCAGUAAUUACAAGCUCAUGUUUGCUCCUUCUAAGCCUGUAUUGUGCACUCCCAACUUCAAAACUGUAAGCAGUAGCCCUUCGGAAAUCUUUGAACUUGUUGACAAAAUAAUUGAAGUCUUGUAUGCCAUCAAAGUUACAUUCUAAAGUCUCCAACUUCUUCAGUCUAGCAAAAUCUUCAAAAUUUCUCACUAUUGUAGUUUCUCGCCAACAACGAACUGCCAAAUACUGGAGACUGGAAAGGUUAAGUAAUAUUCCUGUUUGAAUCUCUUUUAGAUUUGGACAAAAUAACAAAUCAAGAUAUUCAAGACUU